GUUCCGGCCAACCUAACCCAGCUAACUAGCUCCUGUAGCUCUGGUAGCAACUUGAGAGGAGCUACAAUCCCUGUCAAAAUUAGCUGGACUAAAAUACCGUUCUGGCAUUGUUUUAAUGUCAGCAAGGUGCUUGGAGCGCGGCGCACACCAUUUUCCUCAAACGGCGAAGAUUUGGAUUUUAAAACUGGGGUGCCCAUCUCUUUUGAGUAAACCCUGCUAGCACUGGCUUCCACCCUGUGGCUCAUUGGUCGUUAGAGGGGCUCCUCAGAGCAAGGGCCCAAAGCUGUAGCUCCAGGUCCCCCCUGUCUGUGUGUGUCAGAGAGCUCGUGUUGAGUCCUCUGGAGACUCCCGGCUUGUCCAAGUAAGAUGUCCUCCAUCUUGCCGUUCACCCCGCCUGUAGUGAAGAGGCUUCUGGGCUGGAAGAAGUCAACCAGUGGCCCAGGAGGAGCGGGCGGUGGAGAGCAGAACGGGCAAGAAGAGAAAUGGUGUGAGAAGGCUGUUAAAAGCUUAGUGAAGAAGCUGAAGAAGACGGGCCAGCUAGAUGAGCUGGAGAAAGCUAUCACCACACAGAACUGCAACACCAAGUGUGUCACCAUCCCCAGCAAUUGCUCUGAAAUAUGGGGACUGAGUACACCAAAUACGAUAGAACAGUGGGAUACAUCAGGCCUAUACAGCUACCCUGACCAAACCAGAUCCCUGGAUGGCCGUUUGCAGGUCUCUCACAGGAAGGGGCUUCCCCAUGUUAUUUACUGCCGCUUGUGGCGAUGGCCGGAUCUUCACAGCCACCAUGAGCUGCGUGCCAUCGAGGCCUGUGAGUAUUCCUUCCACCUCAAGAAGGACGAGGUCUGCAUCAAUCCCUACCACUACCAGAGGGUGGAGACCCCAGUGCUGCCUCCUGUUCUUGUGCCAAGACACUCAGAAAUUCUACCAGAGCUGCCACCUCUGGAUGACUACACUCAUUCCAUACCUGAGAACACAAACUUUCCUGCAGGAAUUGAACCUCCAAACAACUAUAUACCAGAAACACCUCCACCAGGCUACAUCAGUGAGGAUGGGGAGGCCAGCGAUCAACAGAUGAAUCAAAGUAUGGACACAGGCUCUCCAGCAGAGCUGUCCCCCAGCUCUCUGUCUCCUGUCAAUCACAGCAUGGACCUGCAGCCGGUGACUUACUCAGAGCCGGCCUUCUGGUGCUCAAUAGCCUACUACGAGCUGAACCAGCGUGUGGGGGAGACGUUCCACGCCUCUCAGCCCUCACUGACAGUGGAUGGAUUCACAGAUCCAUCAAACUCUGAGCGUUUUUGCCUGGGCCUGCUGUCUAACGUUAACAGGAAUGCCACUGUGGAGAUGACCCGAAGGCACAUAGGAAGAGGAGUUCGACUCUACUACAUUGGAGGGGAGGUGUUUGCCGAGUGCCUAAGUGAUAGCGCCAUCUUUGUCCAGAGUCCAAAUUGCAACCAGCGAUAUGGCUGGCAUCCAGCAACAGUGUGUAAAAUUCCACCAGGUUGUAAUCUAAAAAUCUUCAACAACCAAGAAUUUGCAGCCCUGCUGGCUCAGUCAGUAAACCAAGGCUUUGAGGCAGUUUACCAACUCACAAGGAUGUGCACCAUCCGCAUGAGCUUUGUCAAAGGCUGGGGAGCUGAGUACAGGCGGCAGACUGUCACGAGCACUCCUUGCUGGAUCGAGCUGCAUUUGAACGGCCCCCUGCAGUGGCUGGACAAGGUUCUGACCCAGAUGGGUUCCCCGUCUGCACGCUGCUCCAGCAUGUCCUAAACAGCUAAGGAAUCACCCAAAAACAAAGCCCAUUACAAAGAUGAUUAAAUUUUAAACUUGUGAGUCCUUUCAUGAAAAAAAUGGAAACCCCACAGAAUGAAUUUUCUGUAACAUUCUUCAUAGUAUUUGUGGCCCAGUUCCACACCCCUCUUUUAACUGUACACACCAACACACACAGACGAACAAAUGCACACACACAGACUUUUCCGUAAAAGAAAAAAAAAAAAAAAUUGGCACUUUGUUACCCAUCUAUGUCAUGCACCUUGUUAAAUUGCUUUCCCCCAAAUCCUUAAUAUUAGAUCUAUUUGUGGUACAAAUAAAAUGUAUAUUGGUUUUUAGUCCGGGAAGUAGGGGAAAUACCAAAAAUAUCUGUGAAUAGUUUCUCAGUAUUGAAGAUUGCUUGUAUGAAUAACACGAGCUUGAAUGCUAAAGUAAUUUUUGUUCCAGCCCCCCCCCUCCCUCCCAAACCAUUGUUCUGAGCCUAAGUUUACUUUUCUCUAAGAAACUUGGCCCCAUCUUUUGUCAGGGGGAUCGUGACUUGGUGAAGAAUCGAUGGCCUUGGUGGUCGUUCUCCUCUGAAGAGAACGCCUCCGUAUGUUUAUGAAAUCUGACUUUGCCAGAACGGCCCUUUCCUCCUUUUUUUUUUCUUUCUUUCUUUCUUUUUUUUAAACUCUUGACGUGUGUCGUUAUAAGACAUACCUCUUAAUGGACAAAUAGGAAUGUUAUAAAAACAAAAGAAGUAUAUUUCCAAAAAAAACCUAAACAAACUCACUCUGGCUAUAGUUUAUUUCGUUGUCAUUAUGUGGCACUCUAGGUGUCUUUUGUUUAGUUGAUUUACAUCCCCACUGAACAGCAUGGUAUGGAAACUAAAGAGAUGUUUGCCAGGCAUUGCAGGACGCACUGGGCAGGGACCAGAGAUAUCAGCUGUUUUUUUUUUUUUGUUUUUUGUUUUGACACGACACUGGGAAUCCUGAGGCUCUCUGAGGUGAGCAUUAAACUUCUCACCUUGGGAAUUUGAAGGUAUCAGUGAACUCAUUCAGUUUUUAGCCUAUAUCCCCAUUGUUUUGCUACUUUUUUGUAUUUUCAUGUAUUUUUAUAUAUAAAUAUACUUAAAAUUUUCUGUCGUUCACUUUUUUUAAGAUAAUAUUUUCAAGACCACGGUUAUUUCUAAAGUGACAUGGAGGGUAUGGAUCAUUCCUUCAUUUUACCCCAAAAACUCUGUUUGAAUUAAUUUCCAAUAGCGACUCUUUGUCUUGGUAAAUAGAAAAUGAAAAUCACUGCCCCACAUGAUGAUGUGUUGCCUGUUUCUAUCCUUUGUUUUUCCAAAGAAAUCUGGUGCAUUUAAAGUACACAAAACAACAGACUUGCCUAAAACCUAAACUCUACUUUCCUGUAAUGGAUUUAAUGAUUCCAGAGGCAUGUACAACUUUGUAGUGGCCAUUUAUUCAUUCAUCUCUUCACGUUUUUGAAAUACACACGUGACCUCUUGUAGCCUUUUGGUGCUUGGUCAAGCGGGUAAUGUCAACUAGAUAUAAUUGGCUUUCAAAAUGUUACUGCAGCGUGAGAGGAGAGUUUUUCCUCUGGGACAAAAAGAAGAGUGAAUGUGCCUGCACACUAGGACAUUCUGUGUUAAUGUGUGUAUUGUAUUUGUUCUGUCUAUAAAAUACAGUAUGUACAACAAGACUUACUAGCUUAAACUCAUUACGUGGCUGUUGUGAGUUUAACAUGUUCCCCUCCCUCCCUCUUUUGAUGUAAAUGUGUUUACCAUAUGGCACUAGUGAUUGUACUUUAAGUGCACCUAGUGAAGUUUGGACUUGGGGAACUGAACCACGUGUUAGGGUCCAGUGUUACAUUGUUUUUAUCUUUGGCCUACAACAUAUGAAUGUGAAGAAAAAAAAAACAUUACAGAAACUGACGUGGACCAGACAUGCAUAUACAUAACAGUAGUACAGUAUGUGUGUAUUUAACAGUAAUAUUUUGCAAAGCAGUCAGUACAGUAGAUGUCGCAGUUGUUUUACCAGUAGAGGGCGGUAUUGAUAGAGCAGUUCUUUUUUUUUUCUGACCAUAAGCUUCUCAGGCGUGUGGCAUAUUAUGCAGACUUCAUAAAACACUAAUAAAGAUUUUUAUUCUCAUGA